AAGACAGCCUGACUCUCAACACCACAGCCAGAUCUGUAGAAAUUCUUCAUUUGAGGAAUGUGAAGGAGGGGAUGCUGUUCCUGGGCUGUGUGAAGGAGGUGACGGACUUUGAAGUGACUGUUAGUUUACCUUGUGGCCUGCAAGGUUUCCUGAGCAUCAAGAAUAUCUGUGACUCGUACACCAAGCUGCUCAGUAAGCAGCUGGAUUCUGAGAUGGACACAGAGGAGAUCUGCUCUCUUCUGCACCUCUUCUACCCKGGCAUGCUGCUCAGAUGUGUGAUCGCCAAGCUGGAUGUAACAAAAGGAGGAUCGCUCAGCAUCCAGCUGUCCAUCAAUCCAAAGCUGCUCAACAAGAAUCUCACACCGAGCUCUGUAAAAGCUGGAAUGGUUUUGAGUGGAUGUGUGGAGAGUGUAGAAGAGCAUGGCUGCAUUGUUGACAUCGGCAUCAGUGGAACCAAAGCCUUCCUGCCCGAACAAGCCAUGAAAUUCAAGCAAAAUAAAACUCGAGAGCUUAAAGUGGGUCAGUAUUUGACGGUUCAAGUAGAAGAAGUUAAGAGCAGCGGCCGCGUGGUGCGCCUCUUGGCAAACCCCUCCGCCGUGACCCAGGGCUGUGCCGACGCCAAGCAGGGCUGGAACCUCACCAACCUUCUGCCGGGCCUGCUGGUCAGAGCCACCAUCAAAAAGGUGACCAAACACGGUCUGAUCCUGGACUUCCUGUCCUCCUUCACUGGCCAGGUGGAUUGUCUCCACAUGGAGCCUGGAAAGGUGUUCAUGUACACUGAGGGACGCCAGGUGCAAGCGUGCGUGCUGUACCUGGAGCCCUCCAGCCGAGGAACCACCUGAAGGAGUCCUACAAAGAAGCCGAUGAAAACAAAGUGUUUGCGAUGCCAGAGCACACCUGUCGGAUCAUGGACUUCAGCCUCAUCGAUCAGAUUCAUUUUGUAACUUUGAGAAAGAGUCUGAUUGAGAAACCUUUUUACAAAUAUUCAGAUUUUCAUGCCGGUCAGAUUAUAGAGGGGACGGUUUCAAGCCUCCUGAGUUAUGGGAUGGUGGUUUAUGUKUCUGAUAACAUUAAAGGUCUGGUACCUCGGACUCACCUCUCUGACAUCAUCCUCAAGAACCCAGAGAAGAAAUACACGGAGGGAAUGAAGGUUAAAUGUCGGGUGCUGACAGUCGAUGCAGACAAUAAGAAGAUGUACCUGAGCAGGAAGAAGGCGCUGAUCGAGAGCUCCCUGCCGCYGUUCCUGAGUUACACCGACGCCCGUCCAGGUCGCGUCUCCCACGGUGUCAUCGUGUGCGUCAAAGACUUCGGCUGCAUCGUUCGCUUCUACAAUGACGUCAAGGGUUUGGUGCCGCUCACCGAGCUCAGCACGGAGCCCAUCAAUCCCAAGGAGAUCUUCUAUGUUGGACAGGUUUUAAAGGCUAAAGUUCUUCAGUGUGACCCGGAGAAGGCGAAGAUGUUGCUGUCGUUUAAGGACGUAGCCCAAGGAGAGCCAGAGGAAGACAUCAAACCUCAGUUAGACGUCGAAAUUGGAAAGAGGUUAGAAGCCAAGCUGGUAAAAAAGUUGGCCAACGGUCUGGAGGUCUCCAUCCUUCCUGAUGAGAUCCACGCCGUAGUUCCCACAGUGCACCUUUCUGAUCACAUGUCCAACUGCUCCUUGCUGUGGGAGAACCUUCAGGAGGGCGACCUCAUCUCGAACCUCGUCUGCUUCAACAAAAACAAGCAGAAUGUUAUGCUCACCAAGAAGCCGACAGUGCGGUGGUCGCUGGAGGAGGGGAUCGUCGCCACAGAUUUCUCAGAGGUCACAGUUGGCAUGCAGCUGUUCGGCUGGAUCAAAAACAUCAUGUCCUACGGCGUUUUUGUAGAGUUCCCGUACGGUCUCAUUGGUCUCGCUCCCAAAUCAGUCAUGUCGGACAAGUUCCUCAAGGACACGGUGACCGCCUUCCAGCUGGGUCAGACCGUCGUUGCUAAAGUGACCAACCUGGACGAGGAGAAGCACAGAUUUCUGGUCACUUUAAGGCCGUCGGAYGUUUUAACUCCAGGAGGAGACGCACAAACCCGACUGAUUAACGGACUGCAGGAGAGACGAGCCGUGAAUGAGAUGUUGGCUGUCAGAGAUGGAGGAGAACUCCGGCAACAGCUGGCGGCUCUGUCUGUUGGUCAGAGGCUGACGCUCACAGUGGAAAGUGUGACGGAAAACAAAGCCACUUUUAAGUCCGACGACCUGAGAGGUGCCACUUUUCUUGCUGAUAAGCAUCACAUGGCGGACUCUAAACUCACUGUAGGACAGAAAGUUAAUCCAGUUGUGCUUCAUGUGGAUAUCCUGUCUGCUUCUGUCCAACUUUCGUUUCUGCUGAAGAAGAAGAAAACGUUGACAGAAGACUGUAAAUACAUUGCUGAGGUGCAGUUCAUAGACGGAGACUUUGCUGUCAUCUCACUGUGUGGCACAGCUCAGCUGACUGUCAUCCAAACCAGCAGCCACAUGAACGACAUCGAGUUCGAGUCCGACAAACUGACAGUGGGGAAGACUUUACAGGUUGAAGUCAUAGAUCCCACCUGUGAGGAGCUGCAAGGCCUCCCCCUGGUGUCCUGGGCGGGCAGCGCAGCACCAAAGCAAAGCCACACGCCUUCAGAAAACCAGGCKGGGUCUCAGGGUCACCGCUUCGGUGAAAUCCUGCAGGGCAAAGUGCGCUCCGUGAAGCCGACGUCCAUUAAGAUCACGCUGGAGGACGGAAGCAAAGGCAGCGUGCACGUGUCCGAGGUGAUGGAGCCCGCCGACGUGCACGUGGGCUCCUUCCCCACCUCCUCUGUGAAACCAGGCAGCGUGGUCACCUGCAGGGUGAUCGGAGGGCGAGAAACCUCCAGUAAUGGAUUUCUGCCUUUCUCUCAUCCUAAUUUCACCUACACAGUUUCUGAGCUCACACUGAGACCCAGCAAAUUAGACAGCAGCGUAGAUCUAAAUCCAGUUUCAGCACAUAAAGGAAUGAGAAGCUAUGAAGUUGGCGAAGAAAUUACUUGCUUUGCAUCAAAGUUUCGUUCUGACUUUAAGUGUCUAGAGGUCACCUGUGAUCCGUCUGUCAACGGGACGGUCGAACUGCUGGCAAUGAUCAAGAAUCCUACUGAUGCUAAACACCCAGAGAAACUGUACAAGCUGGGUCAAGCAAUUCGAGCUAAAGUGGUGGAAGUCAGACCUCAACGCCUCAUUCUCUCACUCACAGGGAUCCAAAAACUAGAGAAAGGCGGCACUAGUUUAGGAAUAGUGACAGAUAUUCAGCCGCACAUCGGCAUUCAUGUCAAACUUCCCUUCGGCGGCGCGGGAACGCUUUGUGUCACGGACGUUUUUGACACCUACAAACCAAACCCACUGGCGGCAUACAGCAAGGAUCAGAUCAUCAGGUGUUACCUCUUAGAUUGUAAAAAUGGAAAGUGGGACUUGUCUGUGCGCCCAUCAAGGCUGUCUGCACAAGCCCAGCCAGGGAAGGACCCCGAAGUGUUGUCUACAGACCAACUAGAGAUUGGCCAGCUCAUCCGAGGCUACGUGAAGUCUGUGGGGGUGCAGGGGGUCUUCAUCAGGCUGUCCAGAAGCAUCACCGGACGGGUUCAGUUUCAAAAGGUCUCUAAAUACUUCAUCAAGAACCACAAGGAUCUGUCUAAGCACCUGCCUGUCAACAUGCUGCUCACCGCUAAAAUCCUCAGUGUUGACAGAGAGGACGAGUUAGUGGACCUGUCUCUGCUCCACGAGGACACCGGCAAGCCAGACAUUCUUCCAGAGUCUCUCAACCUCCCGCUGCGUCUCGACAAAAAUGAGACGAAAGCAAACAGAAAGCGUGUUCAGGCAGAGAGUGUGCAGGAGCAAGCAGAACCUCCGAUCCCAAAGAAGAAGAAGAAGAAGAAGAAAGCUGACGGGAAUGACAGCGGAGUGGAAGUGUACUUCAGAGAGGAAGAGGAUGAAGAUAAUAAACCUGCAAAAGUGACUGCCAGCUCAGCAGGUCCAUCCAGGCUGCAGGUGUCUGCAGGUUUCUCCUGGGAUGUGGGGCUGAGUUCUCUGAAGCCUGUGAAAGAUGAACAAGAGGAGGAAUCCAGCGACGGAGAGGAGCAAGAUGAAAAGACUAAGCCCCAGAAGAAGUCUCACCAUGAGCUGGAGCAGGAGAAGAAGUCUGCAGAAAAAGCCCUGGUGCAGCGGGAAACCGAGCUGAUGGAUCCAAACCUGCGGCCUCAGGACGCCGCCACCUUCGAGCGGCUGCUUCUAGCCUCUCCCAACAGCUCCCUGCUCUGGCUGCAGUACAUGGCUCAUCACCUGCAGGCCACGCAGAUCGAGCAGGCCCGAGCUGUGGCCGAGCGGGCCCUCAAAACCAUCUCUUUCAGGGAGGAGCAGGAGAAACUGAACGUGUGGGUGGCCCUGCUGAACCUGGAGAACAUGUACGGCACAGAGGAAAGUCUGAAGAAAGUCUUUGAGCGAGCCGUGCAGUUCUGCGAGCCGAUGCCGGUGUACCAGCAGCUGGCAGACAUCUACACCAACUCCAACAAAAUCAAGGAGGCAGAGGGGCUGUACAAGACGAUGGUGAAGCGUUUCCGUCAGGACAAAGCAGUGUGGUUGAGUUACGGGACCUUCCUGCUCCAGCAGGGUCAGAGCGACGCUGCCAGCAGCCUCCUGCAGAGGGCGCUGAAGAACCUGCCCUCUAAAGAAAGUGUGGACGUGAUCGCUAAGUUUGCUCAGCUGGAGUUCCGUUACGGCGACGCAGAGCGAGGCCGCAACAUGCUGGACAAAGUCCUGACCAGCUACCCGAAACGCACAGAUCUGUGGUCCGUUUUCAUCGACCUCAUGGUCAAACACGGAUCGCAGACGGAAGUCAGGGCUCUGUUCGAUCGAGUGAUCAACCUCAGCGUCUCCGUGAAGAAGAUAAAGUUUUUCUUCAAGCGCUACCUGGAGUACGAGAAGAAACACGGCACCCCUCAGAGCGUCCAGGCGGUUAAAGAAAAGGCUCUGGAGUUUGUGGAAAAUAAAGGCAAAGAGGCUGAAAGUUAAAGAGCUUCUGGACUCGAUCUGCUCAUAAAAGCUUGUCCAUAAAAUGACCAACAGCUCAGCUUGUAUUUACAUUGGGUUUUUUUUUUAUAGAUGUGGCGCAAUAGAUCUCUGUAAAAUGUGUCCUUAAUGUUAAAAAACAAGCUGUUUUAUCAUUUCAUCAACUUGCAUUUUAACUAUUUUGUAUAUUAAAUAACUAUCCUGGA